AUGGAACAUCAGAACCAAACAAAUAUUGUCAGGCUCGUUGUAGUUGGUAUUGGUGGUGUCGGAAAAAGCGCUCUCACUCUCUUUUUCAUGUAUGAUGAGUUUGUGCAAGAUUAUGAACCAACUCGCGUUGAUUCUUAUCGUAAACGAAUAACUGUUAAUGGCGAAGAAGUCAAUCUCCACAUUUUGGAUACCGCUGGCGAGUUAAACGAUUUAUGGUGCUUUGAUUUCUCUUAUUGGCUUUUUUGUAACUGGGUUAUUUCUGAUUUUCUAGGCCAAGAGGAAUAUGCCGGUAUGAGAGAUUCUUUCUACCGCAACAGUGAGGGAUUUUGUCUAGUUUUCGAUGUCACCGAUCGACAGUCUUUCGCUUCCAUCACUGAGUUUAUGUAA